GACAGCGGCCCAGCGGCGGGACGGAGGCGGGCGGCCGGGCCAUGCUGGCGGAGGCGCGGCGGCAGUCGGCGGGGCAGCCUCUUCGCCGCUGCUAGGGCGGCGGCAGCGGGAGCCGCGGCGGGGGCUGCGCUCGGCCGGGGGCCGGGAGGAACCUUCAUCGCUUCGCCUCAUCGCCUCGCCGGGCGGAGGCGCCGCCGCCUCUUUUCCUUCGGCAGAGGCGGCGCGGCCGCGGGAGGAGGAGAAGAGGGAAGGAUGAGCCGCGCGGUGCUGGCCUGGCUGGUGCUCUGCGGGAGCCUCGCCCGAGGUGAUGUGUGUGACUCCAACCCAUGCAAAAAUGGUGGCAUCUGUAUGUCAGGGCUGAAUGAUGACUUCUACUCAUGCGAGUGUCCUGAAGGCUUCACAGACCCCAAUUGCUCUAGUGCUGUGGAGGUUGCUUCAAUUGAAGAGGAGCCAACUUCAGCAGGACCCUGCCUUCCUAAUCCAUGCCAUAAUGGUGGGAUAUGUGAAAUUAGUGAAGCGUACCGAGGUGACACAUUCAUAGGAUAUGUUUGUAAAUGUCCAGAGGGAUUUAAUGGGAUUCACUGCCAGCACAAUAUAAAUGAAUGUGAAGCUGAACCCUGCAAGAAUGGUGGAAUCUGUACAGAUCUCGUGGCCAACUAUUCCUGUGAAUGUCCAGGUGAAUUUAUGGGAAGAAACUGCCAACAGAGAUGCUCUGGCCCACUAGGGAUAGAAGGAGGAAUUGUGUCAAACCAACAAAUUACUGCGUCAUCCACUCAUCGAGCUCUUUUUGGACUCCAGAAAUGGUAUCCAUACUAUGCACGACUUAAUAAGAAGGGUCUUGUGAAUGCUUGGACUGCUGCAGAAAAUGACAGAUGGCCAUGGAUUCAGAUAAACCUGCAGAAGAAAAUGCGGGUCACUGGAGUUAUAACUCAAGGUGCCAAGAGGAUUGGAAGUCCAGAAUAUGUAAAAUCUUACAAAAUUGCAUACAGUAAUGAUGGGAAGUCAUGGACAAUGUACAAAGUAAAAGGCACAAAUGAAGAUAUGGUGUUUCGUGGAAAUGUGGACAACAACACCCCAUAUGCUAACUCCUUCACCCCUCCAAUUAAGUCACAAUACAUACGGCUGUAUCCUCAGGUGUGCAGAAGACACUGCACGUUGAGAAUGGAGCUUCUUGGCUGUGAACUGUCAGGUUGCUCUGAGCCCCUGGGGAUGAAAUCAGGACAUAUACAGGACUUCCAGAUUACUGCCUCCAGUGUUUUCCGAACACUCAACAUGGACAUGUUCACCUGGGAGCCUAGGAAAGCCCGGCUGGACAAGCAAGGCAAAGUUAAUGCCUGGACCUCUGGCCACAAUGACCAGUCACAGUGGUUGCAGGUUGACCUACUUGUCCCUACAAAAAUCACUGGCAUAAUUACCCAAGGAGCUAAAGAUUUUGGUCAUGUCCAGUUUGUGGGGUCCUACAAGCUUGCCUACAGUAAUGAUGGGGAGCACUGGAUCAUAUACCAAGAUGAAAAACAAAAGAAGGAUAAGGUGUUCCAGGGAAAUUUUGACAAUGACACACACCGUAAGAACGUCAUCGACCCUCCAAUCUACGCCCGGCACAUCCGCAUCCUCCCGUGGUCGUGGUACGGCAGGAUCACCCUGCGGUCGGAGCUGCUGGGCUGCGCAGUGGAGGACUGAGGCACGUCUCCCUCCAGCAUCACAGCGCUCGGUGUAGCUAAAAGCCCCUCCGUAGAAGAAACUGUGCAAAGCCUGUAGGAUGCUGGGUGAUCAUGUUCACUGUCAUGAACAAGUGCUCAUUUUAUGGUAGGCCGCUAACUGUCUUUCGCAAGGAGGUCUAAGCCUGCCCUUUAAAUGAUCCAAUCCGAUUUUGCCCUUGAAAUCUGAUAGUGUUGUCCCUUCUGCUGUGGAAUCUUUCUAGUUUUCCUUUGAGUUGUUCACACUGGUUGAAACAUGUUAGGGAAAAAAACAGCAGCAUCCUUUUUACAAGAGAAGAGAAAUAGCAUGACAAAGCUCAUUUGCAGCUUUAGAAAUGUUGGGCUGAUGAAUUCUCCAUAAAUCACAUUGUCAUCUUACUUGCAAAAAGUGAUACUGCAGCUUUUAGCAAUAAGUUUACUUGGGGAUGACUGCAUUAUAGUAAUUGUGCCUAUCAAACACUGUCAGUAUUUAUCACAUAUAUUUUGGAAGAUACUUUAUGGUACUGUAAAACACAGUACCUGUGAUAUUACAAGCUACCUUUCAUCACUUUUGUCUGUACAGCAGAGUCGGUGCACCUAAAUGGUUUUCCCAACUAACCCCAUUUUCCUUCUCUAGCUUGCAUGCUGUAGACAUGACCUCCAUCUUUUCUGUUUGGUAUCGCCACUAAUGUUACUUUCCUUGAAAGAGAUGAUCUGUUUUCAUAUGGAACAAAAUCUGCUAUCAGUAUAUUAUGAAGUUAACGAAUCUGCCAAAGUUUAUUAAUUCUGCGUGAGAGGCACUUUUUCAAGGAGGCUGGGGUGAGGCAUCAGGAUACUUGUGUCAUCUCAUCUUAAGCACACCUGGCAUCAGAAAUCAUGAACCCCUUUUGUGACACAACCUUAGAUGGAGCUGCCAGCCCAAUUACUUCUGUCAGAAACAUCCUUAAUUUCUGGAAGGAGGUAAAUGUGGGGUGAAGGAAUCAGAUGCUAAAAGACACACAGGAGGAAUGUCUCCCUUACUGCCAGGAGGCCCCCUCAGUAGGCUUUUCUUGCCAUGUUGGUCACAGCCUCCCUCCCAGGCAUGAAGGCACAAGGUGUCAUAGGAGUUCAUCAAAGCUGGGCCUUUGGCACACUCCAAUCUCAAAAACAUCCUUUCAGACAUGUGGUGGUGACCCAUGAGGGAGGCUGGUUUUAUCAUGCUUCAUCUGCAGAAAUGCUUCACACACACUAUGUUGUUUUAACAUUUUUAAUAGCCGUCAAGGACCCCAGUUUAAAAGUAAACUUUAGGAGGAAAAGUGGAGCAAUAGGGAAGACAUCCUCCCCUAUGCCUCAGUUUCCCCUGAUGAUAGAGAUAAUGAUACCAACUGCUAUGAGCACUGCAGGUUUCCUUGGAAUAAAGUGCUCUAUGACUAUUUUAGAGUAGCACCUAUGUCUACAAACAUCCUGGGACAAGGAGCGAUGGGACUUUUUAUGUUACCUGAAAUAACAGCAUUUGGCAUUACAACCAUUCUUUUGAUUUCAUAACAUGCUGAUGUGGAGAGAGAUGAUAGAUAGGUAUAUAGAUAGAUAGAUAAGUAGAUAGAUAGCUGCAUGUUUUAGCAAAUGUCACUGACCUAAUUUUUUUUUGCCACUGUUACAUUCUCACUGAAACACUGAAGAAUGAACCUGGGUGCUGCUUCCCAGGCAAACAACUAGUUGGCCCACAGUCUGUGAAGGGCAGUUUACUUUGGAAACAAAAUGGUUUGGAUUUCCAAAACCUGCAUUCAAUCACACAUUCUCCACCACAGACAAAAUAUAGUAUCCAUUGAACUGUGAAAGACUCUAGAAUAGCAGCCAGGAAUUUUACAUACAAGAAUUGGGGAUAUAUUGGUGGCGGUUUUCUGAUAGUGUCACUUAAACUGUCACAUUUUAACAAACAGAACACCCUGCCUCUAUAAAAUGACUUAAUCCUUAAACUGUAUUUAUACAAUUAUUUAUUUUAUAAGGCUUAGACAUUUAAAGACUUAUAAAGAAGAGUCUUGUAAAGGUAAAAGUAUGUGUAAGAAAUGUUGAGGUCCUGUGCAACACUGCUAAGUUUGUUCUUUAUUUUUUACUUUGUGCUGCAUAACAAAAGCCACUAGACUGUUAAUGUCUUGUCUGUAACUGUGUUAACAGCAUUCCUUAACAAUGUAUAUAUGGAGUGGUCUUCAAGCACAGUGAGCAAUUUUGAAGAGAAAGUCAAUCGUUACUGGUACUUACGAAGAGCAAAAGAAUUCUGGAAAGUGAAGGACAAGUUUUGUUCUAAAUUACCUACUGACCAUGUUUUGCACUCUUGGUGCUACAACACCAAAAAUAGUAAUUAAAAAAGGUAAUAUUUUUAUCUUUAGACCACACACAAUAUUUAAAGAUGACCGAAAACAUUUUCCUACUGUGGGAGAGUAAUUAAACCUGAAUUUGAUUACAGAUAUGAAGAACAGCAUGUCGCUAUUUCACUAGUUACAUGUACCCAUUUCAGAAAAUGAGGCCCCUAGUCUGCCAACAUUUUUUAAUGUUCUUUUAAAAUAUUUGUUCUGUGUUCUGAAGUGACUUUUUUAAUGUUACUCAUCCUUUGCUACUUCAGUUUUGGCUUUGUAUUAAUCUUUCUUGGUUUACUAAUUUAAUUGCUAUCCAGACAUCUGCAUAUAAAAACAGCCUUUUCAUGAUACCUAACAUAAUAAUUAUAUUUUGUAUUAAUUUAGAGUUGAGUAUUUUCAUCCUACAUCCUGUGUCAGGUUUCAUCUGCCAGCAGUCUUCACGACCUGCAAAGAAAGCUUCAUGCAUCAUGGUAACAUUGUUAUCUUUUAUAAAACAUAAUGUAUGUGAUGCCCUUAUAAUUUCAACUAACAUACUGGUUUUUUUUCUAAUGAAAUUAUUCCUUAGGUACCAAGAAGUUUUCUUUCAAUGGCAUUGUGCAGCCAUAGUACCAAAUUCUGGUCACCGUGUCAGCAGUGUAUGUCUGAAAUAAUUCCUGGUUUCUGUGGUGAAGUUCAGAUUUAACAAAACAGAUGAGAAUCAGAUGGUGGUCUAAAAGUAAGAUUUUUCCCUUUAAUUUUAUUUCCCUGUCUUGGUGAGCACCACUGACAUAAGGGGCAAGUUACAAAUUAACAUGACUCUACUCUGCCAGUGAAAUAAACUACUAUCCCCAAACCAGAGAUAAGUGCAGGACAGGUUAUGUCUUUUUAAGGGGGGGAUGGAGAAACACUCUGAAAUUAUUCUUGACUUCUGUAUUAAUUGUAACAAUGGCAUUGAACAAGACUGAGAAUGUUCUUAUUAAAUUUCACCCUGAACCAGUUAAGUAUUAGUAGGCAGACUUAACCUUCUGUAGCUCUGUAAUGUGCUACGUUUAUGACCUAGGAAAUACAGCAACAGUACAAGGCUGUUUUCUCUGUGUUAUGCUAAGGGCUCAUCAUGUUAGCUGGCUCUGGUUUUGAGGUUGACUUUCUCUUUUGGAAUGGCUGCAUACAAAUUAGUGGUCAGUCUUGAAGACUAAGGAUACUAAAUGAGUGUAUCUUUGCUAUACAACAAAUAUGAAAUAUAUUCAGUGCUGGCUUCUGAUGUGUCAGUAAGUACAGAAGUAUCUCAGACACAAUGACCUUUGCAACCUUUCAAGCUGUGUAAUAUUCAAAUGGUUUUGUAUAUACUUAAAUCAUGUAGAACGAUGUAAAACCAGUAUGACCUUGUCUAGUCUUCAAACUUAACAAUAAAACUUUUGAAAAAUGA